GGGAGCGCGGCUGCGGCAGCCCCCGCCUGCCACUGGGGCACGGCCGUGCUGGACGAGGAGAGUGCGCGGCGGUCCCGGCCCGGGAGCUCCGCACCUCUGCUGAGUUCGGCCGGCCCAGAAGGGCAGCCGAAAGUUCAGCAUGCAGGAAGUUUGGAGGCAGCUCGGAGAGUAGCGCGGCGGCGGUGACCGCUGCUUCGCGUGCUCUGGGGUUCUGCUUUUUUUCCUUUUUUUUUUUUUUUUUUUUUGGCGGGGAUCGUGCCUUUUUUUUCCCCCCUGCAUACAGCUCCCCCAAACACACAAGCAACCCUCAACAACCAAAAAAAGUCCGGUAAGGGGGAAGAGAACACGAGUGAGGGAAGCACCCUCGGCGGGAGAGCCCGUUUCUUCGAAGAGACACGGUCCCGCUCGCAGCUGGUCCCAAUGCAACUGCUCAUCCUCCUCCUGCUCUACGCCGUCGUCUGUGCGAACUUCUGCAGCCGUCAGGGCACCACCGCCCCUGCCCAGAGCGGAUCUAUAAAAGCCCUGCGGGCUUCCAACAUCAGGCGAGAUGAGAGCAAUCACCUCACAGACUUGUACCGAAAAGAAGAGACCAUCAGCGUGGCAGGGAAUGGCUGCAUCCACAGUCCUCGCUUCCCCAGCAGCUACCCCAGGAACCUCCUGCUGACGUGGCGGCUCCACUCCCCAGAGAGCACCAGGAUCCAGCUGGCUUUUGAUAAUCAGUUUGGACUGGAGGAACCUGAAAAUGAGAUCUGCAGGUAUGACUUUGUGGAAGUGGAAGAUGUAUCAGAGACCAGCACGGUUAUUCGAGGACGGUGGUGCGGACACAAGGAAGUACCUCCAAGAAUAACAUCAAGAACAAAUCACAUAAAGAUAACCUUCAAAUCUGAUGACUACUUUGUGGCUAAACCUGGAUUCAAGAUAUGUUACUCUCUUGUGUGUAGCUCGAAAGAGGCAGAUUUUGCAAACACUCAGGAAAUGGAUGAUUUCCAGCACGCUGCCUCAGAAACCAACUGGGAGUCAGUCACAAGCUCUGUCUCAGGGGUAUCCUAUCCCUCUCCAUCAGUGACUGACCCUACGCUCACGGCAGAAGCACUGGAUCAGACCAUUGCUGCAUUUGACACAGUGGAGGAUCUGCUCAAACACUUUAACCCAGACUCCUGGCAAGAAGAUCUUGAGAAUCUUUACACCGACAGUGGGCACCAUUAUCGAGGCAGGAGCUACCAUGACAGGAAGUCCAAAGUUGACCUGGACAGGUUGAAUGAUGAUGUGAAGCGUUACAGCUGCACUCCAAGGAACUACUCUGUCAAUUUAAGGGAGGAGCUGAAGCUGACAAAUGUAGUUUUUUUCCCCCGCUGCCUCCUUGUCCAGCGCUGUGGCGGAAACUGUGGCUGUGGGACUCCGAACUGGAAAUCCUGCACCUGCGUGUCAGGGAAAACAGUGAAAAAAUAUCAUGAGGUGCUGAAAUUCGUCCCUGAGGCUGGGCAUACCAGAAGAAGAGGCAGAAUCAGGAACAACAUGUCCUUGGUAGAUAUACAACUGGAUCACCAUGAGCGUUGUGAUUGUGUCUGCAGUUCAAGACCACCCCGAUAAAAAAGGAAAAACAAAGAAAGAAAAGAAAAAGCCAGACACACUAAUUUCAUCUUACUGGACAUUUACUUUCAAGCAGGAUUGCUCUGAGGACCUUUACUCACUAAUCAUUUGAAAUUCGCUACUAGCCUGCCUUUGCAAUUAGCAAAAAUCAUUGCUGUGCUGAUUAGUGCCAUGGCAACUAAACAGGUAUAUCAUACAUUUAUGUAUCAGCAUCCAAGGUUUUAGGAUUGUGGUUAUCUGUAGCUAGAUUCUGAGGGUUGAGAUUUUAAAAGCUCAAUUGCAGCCCUUAGGUACACAGUGCCCACCUGAAUAUAAAUACCAGGUGUGUAGGUAUUUGUGGUAGCUGGCAGUGAAAUAGAGUUGUGUUUGUUUUUCACUCACCAGUUCCUACACUCAAAUUCUGCUGCCAUUUCUACCUCCUCAGCUCUCCUGAUGGUAGGUAGGGUUUUCUGGUGGGUAUAAAUGAAGGGAGAAUUUGAGCCUGUAUGAGUGCAAAAUGGUUUGCCCCACUCUCAGAGGGAACUUUCCAGCAUUCUGGCCCAACAGAGUGAAAUAGAAUGCAGAUAGUUUUCACUACAUGAAAUAACGCAUCAGUAAAGUCAAAUCUCAGUGUUCACACUCGACCAAAUCAUGUGCUGAAAUUAGUAGGUGCUUUGCAGAAGCCAGGAUACUGGCUGGUAGUGGGGUGCAGAGGCUGGUACUUUUGCUGUGGUGGCUCCAUGGGAGCCAUCACCCAGGUGCUUCUGCAAGAGGGGGCUCCUGCCAGGCCCCCAGGUAAAUACCUGCAGGCUGGAACUGAUUUUGGUCACUAUCUACCUGAUCUGGAUUCCUGCCCCUUGCCCAGAGUGGCCGCACAGUUGCCCAAGAGGAGCCCCCUCUACACAAGAGGGGCGAGAGCCCUCUGCUUGGAUCCUCCUCGCAGCAGUUCGAGGAGUGCCGUGUUUUCCUGUGGUGGAGAUGAAAUAGGGCACUUGUUUGUUGAAAAUAUUGAUUUGUUUUGCAGUUGUGUUACUGGAAAACGAAACUGUGUUUGAGAUUUAAUUAUCAUUAUUUGGUUUGGGGUUUCUUUAUUUGUUUGUUUUAAAUAUGGAUUAUUAUAACUUUGUCAUAUAUGCAUUAAUCUUAGUUAUCUGAGGUUAGUUGUCUCAUUCCAGCUCUGUGUAUUGCCAUGGUUAAACUGUUGACAGUGAAUUUCUUUUUUUAAAUUGCAUUUUGCUGAAGCAUAUUAACUCAUUAAGCAAUGUCUGUCAGUCAUGGAAGGUGUGCAUCAUUUAUUAACUUCCAGAAGAAUACUACUAUAUACCACCUCAUAAUAAAAUUAGCACUUUAAAAGCUACAGCAUAGCUUCCUAUGCCUUUUAAACUAUUACAGAAGUGCUCUAGCUGAAAAAGAAAAAAAAAAUCUUUCCAAAUUAGCUUUAAGGAUUUUCAAAUGCUGCUCCAAAAAUGUAAAAGAACAGGCAAAUUUAAGUCUGGCAAAGAAAUUUGGAGUUUUGAUCAUGAAUGUAACAGAGGGAAUAGGGUGGCACAUUUAAUGACUGAGGUUUUAUGUUUUAUAGUAGACAUAGGCUGCAUUGAAUCAUCUUGUCUGUGUUGGCUCUUGUCUUUCUGUCUCUCUGAAAGAGUGAAGUAGGUUGACAAUAAUAAUUAUAAUUAGUGGAAAAUGGCGUGUUCUGUAAAAUAAAAUAAUACAAGGCCUUCAAACCAGUAUGUUUUAGUACUCUACAGGUUUGUUACAAAAGCACCCUAAUGUUCUUAUUUUCUCUCUUCAUCAGCUCAAGUAUUUUUCAAGUACUUUUUUAUCAUUUUAGCAAAACUUUGCUGAAAGAUCCCUUAGAAAUGUGUUACUUUCUUUCCUGUACUUUAACCUUGGAGAUUCAGAAAGUGUGGGGGUUUUAUUAUUUAUAUUAAUUUUUCCUCUCUGGCUCCCAGAUGUCUAUUUAAAAAUGCUCCUGAAUGCUUACUCAGGAAGUGAUUCAUCAUUUUUCAAAGCAAUUCACAUUAAAAGAACAGCCCUGUAACCAAAGAUUACCACCUUCAUUUUGUAGUUCAGGACUGUUUAAAGAACAUCUCAUUCUUUUUCUGUCUCUAGCUUAAUAACAAGAUUGACCCAGCCCUUCCAUAAUUUUUAGCUAAGUUUGGAAGAAAUUUGCAUGCAAGACCUUGGCAGUAUGGCUUGUUUUUGAAACAGCACACUCUUUGUAUAUCUCUGACUGAAUCCUGCCUAAGCACUCUGACUUCCUAGCUGGUGUUGGUUGCAGGAUACACAAGUUUCACAAGGCUUUGUGCUCUAAAUGGUCCUUUAAUUCCCACCCGACGAGGGAACUGUGCAGCAGGCAGUGCUGCACCAGGUGUGUGCCAUGCAGCACUGCCUGCUCGCCCGGUCCCACCCCAACAGCCACGUGUUGUGAGGGGUGCUUUUGCCUCCUGAUCGAGGGCAUUCAGCCUUGUCUGGGAGCCCGAGUUACCCCUAGAGGCAAUUGGGAGAGGCUCUCCCAUAGUGUGCCUUAGUCCAAAGGUUGAAAGCACCCAAUUUGGGAGCUUUCUUUUCUGUCUUUUGACUAUAUAGAAAAAUUCUAAAUCUGAUUUGGACAUCUAAGUGCGAUACACAAAGGUAAAUAGUAUGGCUACUCCUUUUAAAGUCUGAACAGCUGGGAAUUCAGCUAGCUGAGUUAGUUAAAGGCAGCAGUGGAUGCCAGGGUCCAGCAGAAAAAUUCAGAUGCAAAGUGAAGAACAUCCUCUUGCUUAAUGAUGGGUUUACCUUCUUAAAUAUAAGCUAAGCUUGUCACAAAGUUUAAAGUAUUACUCCUGGGACACUUACUAAUGAAUGCAACCAUUCACUGCUUCCUGCUGCCAUACAGACACCAUGCUCCCAGCCAGUGCAGGAGGAUGGGCUUCGUGUGGCAGUGUGGGGAUGAUAGCACACAUGUGGACUAAGAAAAACUCCACAAAACCCAAGCCCCGAGCUUCAAUGACCCUGGUGAAUCCAAAUAUCAGCAAAAUUUUUCCAUUUUGUUUAUUAGCAGAAAUUGCAAUGGUGUAUCUCCAUUUUUUUUCCCCUCUUUUGUCCAUGUAUAGUCGUUACAUUGUUUACACACUUUUAACUUAAAGAGCAAAGCUUUUAAAAAAAUGAAUCUGGUUCAGUUUUAUUGGUGGAACUGGAACACCCCAAAAUAAAUACAUUUUCAUUGGCAAUUCAGAAAGAGUCCUAAUUUCAAACCACUCAUCAGCUUUUUGUUUACUAUAUUCUUCUGGGAUAAAGCCUACUUUCUCAAGUGCAAUUUAUGUAUAUUUUUUUGUUAUCUCAGUAAAUGCAGCUUUCCUAGCAGUACUUUUUACUUUAUGCAGUAUGUAAUGUGUCUUAUCUUGAUGAAAAAAUAAAUACUGCUUUUGAAAGAAA